CUCGAAGAAAUCAUAAAUUGCUAUAUAUUUGCGUUGCAAAAUCAAUCAUAUUAACAGUUUUCGUUAUUAAAUAGGAUGUUUAAUAUCUAAGUUUGGAAUGUAAGACAUUGAUGAUUGAAAAGAUAUAGGAAUAUUAAAACAGAUAUGAGUGUUUUCAAUCGGGAUCAUAAGGAUAGUCCAGGAUAUAUGCCAGAAAGAUAUGAUUAUGCAUCAUGGGAUUUUCUCACGGGAUGCGAUCUGUCGAAAAAUCAUCAUGAAACCAUGUCCAGAACAGACCAAUCGGUACGUUUUAACGACGAGGAAUACUAUACUGGCGGCUUAUGCCCAUCUUGUCGAUUGGCUGUUAACAAGGAAUCCGGCAGACUGAAGUGGUGUAUGGGUGGCAAUGACAGCUGGAGAGCCAGGAUUAAAUUGAUGCUUCUCAUUCCAGUACUGCUAUUACCGAUUACUAUAAUCUUCAUCGCCAUCUCUAAGUCUACCGUAGUUGGAACAAUUUCUCAUCCUAAACCGCAAGUUUUGGAGAGCGCUCGUCUGAAUAUCGUUGCCGAAGAAUCCUUCUUAC